AUGGCGUCCUAUAAAGCCACUUUCCUUGGAAAGCUUCCCCAGAACGACUGCUUAUUGACAGAGCGCCUCUGGUUCCCAUGGAAACCGGGCGCCGCCCUCCAGCACCUGCGCUGCUGCCCGGCGGCGGCGGCGGCGGCGGUGGGCCAGGAAGGCAGGGCUGUCCGGGGCACGAAGUGCGUGCGGCCUCCGGGCGGCGGGUCACGCAACCCCGCGGCCCCGCCCCCGCCUCCUGCUCUCGCCGCUUCCGCACUCACUCGCGCUUCCUGGCGAGCCCGGAGCCCGCCUCGCGUGCAGACACGGCCGCCUAAUCCCUCGAGGAAUCCUGAUUCCCGUCCUCGCGCCCUCCGGGGUUUGCGCGGAACGGGGCGCGGGCGACCCGCCCCGGGACAGGGACACCAGGAAGGGAGUCCCAAGCCCCCACCACAGCCCCGCCUGCCGGGAACCGGGCGCGCACCGACCCUCAGGGGCGCACGGAAGGCGAAUGGCGUUGCCCGGCGACUGACCCCGGCCACUCGGCGCCUUCCCCAGAACUCCGAUGCGGGGGGGGCAGCUGUGCGUCAGGGGGCGGCGAGGGGCAGGGUCCGCCGAGGCCGAAAAGAGCGAAGACCACCGCCUGGGAGGUCAGGUUAUUUGCUGACGUCCGGGGGGGCCGUCUUUCUACAGCCUGAGAACACCCGGUGGUGUGGUGAUAAGCAGACUGGGCUUUCUGCGCGGCGGGCCUCGGAGGGGCAGCGGGGCUCGUCCGCACGAAGGCUCCGGGAUGGGCGCGCCCGCGGCCCCGGCGCCUCUCACGCUAUGCCGCGUGCAGCCCAGGCAGCGCGUGUCGUGACGAGAGACGAUGAGAUCAGUCAGUUACCACAGCGUCGGGGCUGGGAAGUGCAGCCUGUCACGCAGCCCGGCCUCGGCCGCACGCCCGCUCUGCCCGGUGGCCUUGGCCGCGCCGGCUUCGGCUCCGGCUUCGGCAGAGGGAGCUGGGGGUGAAUCAGCCCCUUCCACGGGGUGGAGAGCCCGAGAGGAAAACCGUACAAAAUGCAACGUGCGCAGUUAGGGGGCUGGAUUGGAUGAACAAACCGGUUUGCGAGCAGCACACUGAAAAUGACCUCUGUGAAUCAAUGUCUUAUACUGUGCCCAGUAGGUAACAGAAAACCACUAUAACACACCGAACUCGAAGAUCACCUUAGGAAUAGUAAUAUGGUAUAUUCAUCUUUGUGUGAAUAUAACACCUGCUCCUCGUCUCAGCUCUUAGAAGAGAUUCCCUGAGAGGGAAAGGAAGUCACCAGAGUGGUAAGUGGCUUUAACUUGACUCACAAGGCAGAUACCAUACUUAAUCAGUCUCUUCUAUUUAGAAAAUCUUAAGGCAGAACCACCCAAUACUGCCCGUUUUCCUUUAUUCUCCACAUCAACAUUGCCCUCAUCUUUCUUAAUGCCCUCUGCCAUCAUUGUCAGGCUCUGCAUACCCUUUCUGCCCAGGCACCUACACCUGUGCAGUUUGUUGAUUGAAUAAUGGUGCCUGGCAGAGGAGGUGGGUAGGCUUUGAACUCCAGCCCCUACCUCCACCUGCUAAGAUAAUAUACUAUCCACCUAAGGAAGGGAUGUCUUUUUUUUAAAUUUGAAUGAAGCACCAUAGAAUGCAGUGGCUGAAGGAGAAAUGAGCUAACCCCUGUCAGCACCCAAGAUGUCCAGUUAAUAUCCAGAUUGAUGAAGACUAGCUGAUGCUGUGUGAAAUGUUCUGCAGCAAAAGGGAAACUCUGCUGGAGCAACAACCUGCCUUUUCCAUUUUAGCAAACUGGAAGAACUGUCAACUCACUACAGGUUGCCUCAGGAUUGCAUUGCAACUAGAGAAUGUGAUACUGUCAGACAACAUGGCUCAACCUUUUGGCUGAGCUCAUUUGUAGAGUUUGAUAUUAGAUGAUUUGAUAUAGGAUCUAUGUCCUACUGAACCCUGGGGACAGUCUUGGUUGGUAUGAAAGCCUUUUCCUUUUCCCAUUGCUAACUUCUCUGUGGUCUGUUGGCAUUUAAAUCGUAUUGGGAACAAUGAGUGGUAGAGACUGCAGUCAAGAUGUAGUGACCUGAUUAGUCCAAACUCCUGCAGGGAAGACAUGCAAAUAGAUAAGCCCCAACAGGACCUGAAGAACCAUGUGCUUUUGAAAUCCUGGGUGGAUGAGCCCCACCCUGCCUACACCUUAAAUCUCCUGGUGCUUUGAAGGUAUAAUUAUUGCCCAGCAACUCCUGGGACAGAGUUAAUUAGAUCUUUGUAUGAUUUAAUUAUAAGAAAAUGAGAGUUUAAAUGUAACUUACUAAAAUGUGCAAAUGUAUGCAUAAUAUAAAUAUAUUUUUUAAACUUGGAAUUAAUUUCAUUGAAGAGCAUAAAAAUGAUCCAUCUGCAUUAACAUCUUUUAAAAUAUAGUCUCUUUCUAAUAAUAGUUAAGCAGAUAGUUUUGUAGCUUAACAUACAGCCUAAAGUGAAUGAGGUAUAUGAAGGAAUAUGAUUACUCAGCACUACAUAAUUUAUCAGCUUUCUUAUCAAGUAAAGAUUCCUGUGUUAUUUCUUAAUUAUUAUUAUUAUUAUUUAUAAAAUUCUUUAGCAAGUAUUGCUUUCAAUUUUAUGUAGUUUCAAAGUAGGGAAACAAAGAGAUUAAGUAAUAUAUUCCAUAAGCCUUAUAGCUACCAAAGAUAAGAAUUAAAGCAAUUGUGGAACUUUACACAUAGAAGACACCUGGUAAAUAUAGUUUAUUCCUGUAGACUGAUUAACAUAAUUCCCUACCUCAGACAAUAAAUGUAGCAUGCAAUAGAUUGUUUCCUGUUUGAUGACAGAGACUGCUUCUUGUUGAUAUUUGCAUUGCUAGUGCCACCCAACAGUGACGACUGAAUGAAUCAAUUAAUGAAUGAGAGAGAAAACCCUAAGAACUGUAACAUCCAAGCACUUCAGUCUAAUCCCUCGGCCCUUCCAGCUUCUCUCUUGCUCAGUGCCUUCCUAGAUUAUUGAUGCCUUACGUGAGCAAUCAGGAAAAAGGAAGCAAUCCAGAUGGGAGGCUAGCUGUGGUCAGAUGCCUUGGAACUGAACAAAGUAUUUGCAGAUGUUUCAACAAGUGGAGGGGUUGGGCUGAGUCUCAGCCACAGGAAACAGCUUCACACCUUGGGGCUACUCCAAUAAAGGUAUCAUCACUCACCAGCACAGGAUUCUGUUGGAAACUUGAAAAGGCACUCGGAGUUGGAAUGCUGCAUGAAUCCAGACUUGCCUCAGGAAUGCCACAAGUGAUCAGAAUGAA